AUGUCAAUCCCACGCACUUUCCUUCCCCUUUUCUUUUCUGGUGCCAUCACCGCAGCAACAGGGAGUUCUUCAGAUGAAGAGGAGGACAACGAGGCUGCGGCUAGGGUUUUUCUUUUGGUGCGAGCCAUGAAUGGUGAAUCAGAAGCAUCGCCUCCCUUUGCUAAAUUGCCCUGGUUUCUUCAUACUGAUAUUUUUGGUAUUGUUAGAGAUUGUUGGAACGUCUCUUUAGAGGACCCUUUGUUGCAUCGUCUUUCUCUGUGCCAUCAACGUCUUAGUAGUUGGGCUCGCUCUUUAUGUAGAGAUUAUAAACCUAAAAUUAAUAAGUUGAAGGCUGAUUUACUUGCAUUACGGGAUUUUGAGGAUGGUACAGUUGCCAAUCAGGAGGUGGAGAUUAAAAUUGCGUUGAAUAAUUUGCUUGCGGAAGAGGAGAUUUAUUGGAAGCAAUGUGCUAAAUCAUUUUGGCUCAAAGAUGGAGACAGUAAUACGAGGAAUGGAAAGCCGCUCAAUCUUGUCCUCCCAUGUGUGAUGGUCACUCUCCACAGGUUGACGUUCCUACUUCGUGGCUUCCUCCCCAUUGGGUACUCUCAAGAGCAAUGUUGAUGCUGGUCUUUCCAUGGGAGACAAUAAAACCAGUUUUGGUGCAGUGGUUAGGGGUCUAGGUGGCUUAUUUCAUGCGGCUUUGUUAGGUUUUCAUAAUGGCUUGUUGUCUCCUUCAAUUGCCGAAGCAGUUGCUUUCCAUGAAACCCUAUCCUUGCUUUUGACAAUGACCUAUGGUCCUGUUAUUGUGGAAACUGAUUGUAAGGAAGUGUUUAAUGCCAUGAGGUCUAGGGAAGAGGAUUUAUCAGAAUUUGGUCAGGUCAUUUCCAAUUGUAAAUUGCUUUUGUCUUAGGGAUUAGGUAUUUCCCUUCAGUGGGUUAAGUGACAAGCUAAUAAAGCUGCUCAUUCUCUUGCGAGGGCGGCUUUAGUCCUUCUGUGUGGUUUGAGAUUCCUAGUUCUAUUUCUGAUAUUUUGUAUUCUGAGGUUUACCGGGUUUUUUCACUUAACACUAUGGGUUCUAGGUUGGGUGUAUCUAGGGAAUCUGAUGACCGGAUUUAGUUUGGAUCUAUUCUGUAA